UAUAUAAAGGCGCCCUGAGGUCCACUCUACCACUGUCUGCCUGUGACCAUGAAGGCCGUCCUUCUUGCCCUGCUGGCCACUGGCUGGGCCCUGCAGUCAGGCACCGCCCUGCAGUGCUACUCCUGCAAAGCCAAGGUAAGCAACCAGGACUGCCAGCACGUGCAGAACUGCACCAGCUCCGAGACCCAGUGCCGGACCGAGCGCUUCAGUGCUGUCGGCCUCCUGACCGUCAUCAGCAAGGGCUGCAGCUCGGACUGUGCGGGUGACUCGCAGAACUACUACCUGGGCAAGCAGAACAUCACGUGCUGCUCCACGGACCUGUGCAACGCCAGCAGGGCCCCUGCCCUGCGGCCAGCCACUGCUAGCCUGGCGCUGCUUACUGCUCUUGGCGGCUUGCUGCUCUGGGCUCCUGGCCAGCUGUAGGACCAGGAGGACCCUGCUGUGUCCCAAGUUGGGCAGUGGGCGUUCAGGGUCCCUGGGGCAAUCCUCACACAUGCCCGGCCCAGUCGAGGCCCCUCCUGGCCCCUUACUCAGGUCAGGUCAUGCCCCUCUGCCCUUUCCAGCCCUCCCUGGCUCCCUGUAGCUCCCACCACCAGGCACGCUGGGCCCUAGUGAUGCGGAACAGCCUGCUCACGGCCCAUCCCUCCCAUGGGCCUAGGGCUGCUCCUGU